CCCCUCCAUCCUGCUCGCCAUUCCCGUUCCGAUGUCACUCCUAUUCUGAUGUGGAAGGCUGCCCGGCACUGGGCGUGGGACUACAGGUCCAAAAGUCAAAGCAGUGGAAGUUUGCAGGAACCGAGGAGCGUCUCCCAGCGAUGCCGACCCCAUUGUGGUUGCCCGGCGACUGAGGGGCGCUCGAAACCUCGCCCCGUCCCCAGCCCGAUGGCGAAGGAGGCCUCGCGCGCUGGAGGGGGCCCACGCAGCUCCAGAGAAUCGAACUCAUGAAAUGAUAUCAAAAUUGAUGUAGAAUGGAGUGUUGGCAGAAGAAGGAUUCUUGCUGACUGAAAAUCAGAUCCUUUGCUAUCAGGAUGCAGAAAUCUCCUUUCUAUGUUCCCUUUGUGAGCAGUGCGACCCUCUGGGAGAGAAGCAAAUUGCGUGCAAAUGGAACAGAUCCUUUUGACCACGGUCAUUGGCAUGCUGGAGUCUUUCUGAUUGGGGAACCCAGCGCUCAUUCUGAAAGAACUGCUUUGCCCUGCUCCAGAUUCAUUAAUCAUAUGAAGAAUUUCUGUGAAUCUCAUAAACUUAAUAGUAUAAAUUUUCUACAUUUUCCAGUGCUUCCAGGUAGCUCCCAGAGUCCAGUGGCCUUCAAAAAACGACUCUGUAUGCACAAGUAUAUGAUUCCCACGUCUCCUGUAAGUACAACCUCCUCUGAAGACGAAAGCUAUGGAGACUGCUGUCCCACCCCUACACCAUCCAAUGAAGGGGAUGCAUCCCCACGGAGCUCCAAUGUCAAAGGAAAAGUUAAGAAGUCAGACCGAAGAGUGCCUAACCAGGCCUGGAGCAGUCCGUUUUUGGAACAGCAAAUGGCAAAAAGGCCCAUUUUACAGCAUUCAGUGACUCCCAUUCACCUGGAGGCUGUGGGUGUACAUUUCAAAAGACAUAGGAAACCUCAAAACCAGUCCUCAGACAGAUCCCAAGGAGAUUCUGGGACAGCUGCCCGACCCUUUACUGCCAUCGGCCUCUGCGGGAACUACACCUCUGUCGCCCAGCCAAGCGUCUGGCGGAGUUGCUCAGACCCCCAGCUGGAGGAGAGGAGGGCAGCCCGGGCAUACCCGGAUUUCCAAAGCCAACUCCUAGGCGUGUACGGAAAUGCAGUGGGAAGCAGCACGGUUGCCAUGGCGCCAGAGACGCUCCGGAAGCAUCCUCCUGUGGAAAGGAGGCCGAGGGCCGAUGCCUCCUUCCGUGGCAGUGUGGCAGGAGCGCCCCUUCUGCUUGCAGGUGCUUCCACCCACGCGACCCCCAAGAGGUUAAUCAAGGUUUGCUCCUCGGCACCCCCCCGCCCACCCCGGCGUUUCCAUACGGCUUGUUCACAGGCCCUUUCCAGGCCGGUGGUGAAUGCCCAGUUCCUUUGGCCGCUGUGAGGGAUUGUUCAGAGAGAGCUGCGCACCCUCCAAUCAAUGCCUGCCCAGAACAACAGAAAGGGCCUCAGAUGUACUGGUUUCCACAGAACCAUUGUUAGGCUUUUGUGAAGCAUUUUUGAACCUAAUAAAUAAUGUCAAAAGUC